GUUAUCGAUCGAUUCUCAUCACACACUCGAAAUAGUUCAAAUUAAACUAGCAAUUUCGAUUACAUAUAUCUUCACUUCGUGAGGAGAGAAAUUAAAAGAAUACAUGGCGUCGUCCUCCUCGUCGUCGUCGUCCAAGGCUUUGCUUGUUUUCGCUCUCCUGCUCGCUGCUGCUUUCGUCGCCUCUGCCGAACAAACUCAUGACGACGGUGACAAUCCGCCGGAGUCGCCGGACCACGAAGACCCACCGCCCUCCCCUGAAUACUACGACCCACCGCCAUCGCCGGACUACUAUGACCCGCCGCACUCACCGGACUACUACGACCCGCCGCCAUCACCGGACUACUACGACCCGCCACCGUCGCCGUACUACGGCGGAGGCGGUGGAUAUGGCAAACCACCGCCGCCGCCGCCAUGCUGCCCAUGCAAGGGUGUCUAGGACUGAUGCGACUGGUCCGGCGAGUGCUGCUCGCCGUAGGCCGAUGGAGCGAGCUCCGUACAACUCAUAUGAAGCAGAUCACACAUGGUGGUUCAUAAAUAAACACUUCUCCUUAAUUAAAUAUUAUUCAAAAUUACUAGAAAAAUGUAUACAGUUCAAAUAAAAUAGUUGAUGUCAUGAUCUGAUACCUAUGGUGUCAUGCUGACAUCAUCAUGAUAUGAGUAUUACGUCCGGUAUCACGGUAUCAUAUUCGAUAUACCUAUCUAGUAUCAUAGAUACCACAUCUGAUACCUAAGGAAAUAGCAUUAUAAGUAUUACAUAUUCUUUUUUAUCGAAACGAUAUAGCAUUAUGUAGUAGCCCUCAAUUAUUAUUUGCAUGUACUUUUAUA